CAUUGUAUGCUUCUGUAAGGAACGUAAACAUCCUGAAGAAGUACUUGAUAGGGUGACAUUCUUUGGCCUUGUAUACUCAUCAAGCAAGAAAGAUCCAACUAACCCUCAGCCUAGUAAUGAGGAAGCUAAGAAAAAAUUUGAUGAAUUACAAGAGCUUGAGAAUGAUGUUCGAAAUGAAGGUCGCGAAGUAACUUCUGAGGUUCGGAAUGAAAUAUUUAACAAGGUAAUGGGCCCUGAGACGCGUAAUCGGGUGCGUGGAUACGGAAUUGGUGCAAAAUGGGCAGAUGUUCCAGGGAUUAUUACCCAAAAGAAUGGGAUGAAACAUAAACUAAUAGCCUUGAGUGCGGCAUAUGAAGCACAACAGGUAGCAAAUGAAAGAAGGGAAGCAGCUUUGGCCCAACAAUUGAAAGAAUCGGCUGAGAGGGAAGAGGCACUGCGAGCUUCUUAUGCACAGCUGAACAAGAAGUUGGAAUCAUUGGAAACACAAGUGGGUGCUAAUCCCUUGACUCAGAUCUUUGCUGCAGCAGGGAUAAAUUCUAUGGAAUCAUUGGAUCUUGGCCGUCUCAUACAUUUUCUAAAGAAACCGGACAAUCCUCAAGCAAUAUCUACUUCAAAUGUGCAAAUGGGUCACAAUAUCAAUCAAAGUUGCACGACUUGUUAGGUAAUGGUUAGAACUUUCUGCCCUUUUGAAAAUAUUAACUAGUGACUGUUUUUUGGAAAUAUGUAAAAGUAGACUUAGAUCUACUUAGAUUACCAGCUUCUAGAUCCAAUCUUAGUUAGGGUGGAUAUUUUGAUAGAAACAAAUUUCAUUCUAUCCAAUUUCAAUGUGGCUUAGAAUGAGAUUUGCUUUUGGUAAAUGGAAGUUGUGAUGGUAGCUUUUUAGAUCUAGUGUUUGAUAUGUAGAACUUGUAAAGUCUGCUAGAAUUCCUAGCAUGGUAUAUUAAAUGAAAAUGUGUUAAUAGUUAAGUUUAUGCUGC